GGCGAACACAAACAUUUUCCAUUUUUAAGAUUUUUUAAUUUUGGCUUCUCUCACAGAAUCCAGAAUAUCUCUUCGAUCUCGAAUACCAAUAUUAAAUUCAAAACUUUCAAAUCGACAAAUAAAAACAUCUGAUGCAAUUUCCAUCUUAGAAAUAUCAAUAAAAUGGACGUAACAUCAGACAAUAUUGACUCUUUCUGUCGCACUUGCCUGGAUGUGAUGGAACCCGGUUCCGAAAUAAACAUUUACGAUACUCCAAACGUAGCCAAGUGGCUUGUUGUCUGUACCUCUUUAGAUUUUGAACGUGAUGAUGGUUUCCCAAGUCAAAUUUGUGAAUCGUGCUAUAGCAAAAUACAAACAUCCUAUGAAUUCCGUGUAAUGUGCAUUAAAUCAUUUCGUGAACUAGACGGUGUUGUGCACGCAUUUUCCAAGCUUGAAAUCCACAGAAUCGAGUUAGAAGAUGCUUCGGGUAAUUUAAAUAGUAUUCAAUGGUUGCAACUGGCCAAUAAACAAGAAGUAAAUGAUGAAGAAUUCCUCGUUGCGCACAAAAGAGAGAGUUCUCCAAUCACAACUGACAAAAUUGAAGAUGAAAACAGUAUGGAUAAGUCAGGUAAUGUCCUACCAAAAGAAGUGCUCGAUGAAGAGGAGAUUGAUCACGGUGUUUUCAGUGGUUUCGUUGAUGAUUCUACAGACUACGAUUCCACACCGGAACAAGACAUACUAGACGGAGUAGAAGAAAGCGCAGAAAAGAAAAACACCAAGAAACCACCAGCAAGACGUGGUAGGAAACCAAAAGAUGAAGACUAUACCAUGCCAGCUUACAUCAAGACACCAGAAAUAUACAAUUGCGAAAAAUGUCAAAAGAAAUUCUUCAAAAAAGAACGGUUUGACGCGCAUGUUCGUCUUCACAAGGGCCUAAAGCCCUAUCCAUGUAGUCUUUGUGAUAAGUCCUAUAACAAAUCAUCGCACCUGAAGGUUCAUAUAGGAGACGUGCACACUGACCACAAGGAGGACUUUAAAUGCGAAUACGAGGGUUGUGAUAAGGUAUUCCGUCGACGACAAACACUUCGGGUACACUGUCGCAUAAAACACUCUGAAGUCAAAUACGAACCCAAAAUCUUCAUUUGCGAAGAAUGUGGCAAAACGUUCAAGAACAUUAGUGCUCUGAAAGAGCAUCGGUUUAAGCAUACGGGCGAAGAUUACCCAUAUAAGUGUGACCAAUGUGGGAAGGGAUAUGUAUCACAACGGACAUAUCGAGAUCACCAAAUGCGACAUGCUGGGAUCAAGAAUUUUGUUUGUCCUUAUUGUGGCCUACGAAAAACGACGAAGAGUGAACUGCGGAUUCAUAUUAAUUAUCACACCAAAGAAAAGCAAUGGCCCUGUCCGGAAUGUCCACAAGUAUUCAAUAGUUCUGCGAACCUUGGAUUACACAAUCGAAUCGUUCACAAAGGCAUACGACGGUUUAAGUGCAAAUACUGUGAUCAGAGCUUCGGGAAAGCCGAAACUCUCAAGCAUCAUGAAAUGCGGCACACUGGUGAGAAACCGCACGAGUGUAAUAUUUGUAAAAAACGUUUCAUCCAGGUGGUCGCGUUGCGAGCUCACUUGAAAACGCAUAAUAAGGCGGCUUAAUUGUUUUAAAUAAAUGUUCUAUUUCACAUAACUCAA